GGGUCCGGGCGGCCAAGCCCUGCACGCGGUGGAGAGCUGGAAGGCUGCUGAGGUGGCGGAGCAGCGGCUGAGGUCGGGAUGGUGGAGCCGCUCGCUCCGCCCCGGGAGGUCGGGGCUGCCGGUCGGCGCUGUUUGGCGCUGUUGCUGGUGCUGCUGCUGGCGCGGCCCGCCGGGGCCCUGGUGGAGGGACUCUAUUGCGGCAAGCGCGACUGCUACGAGGUGCUGGGCGUGAGCCGCUCGGCGGGCAAGGCGGAGAUCGCGCGGGCCUACCGCCAGCUGGCUCGGCGCUACCAUCCCGACCGCUACCGGCCGGAGCCCGGCGACGGGGAUCCUGGGUGGACGGCUCAGAGCGCCGAGGAGGUUUUCUUGCUGGUGGUGACCGCUUACGAGACUCUCAAGGAUGAAGAAACACGAAAAGAUUAUGACUACAUGCUGGAUCACCCAGAAGAGUACUACAGUCAUUUCUAUCACUACUAUAGCAGGCGCUUAGCCCCGAAAGUGGAUGUGAGGGUUGUGAUUUUGGUCAGUGUGUGCGCUAUUUCAGUGUUUCAGUUUUUCAGCUGGUGGAAUGGCUACAAUAAGGCAAUCAGCUACCUGGCCACAGUACCCAAAUACCGUAUCCAAGCUAUGGAAAUUGCCAAGCAACAGGGAUUGCUCAAAAAAGCCAAAGAAAAAGGCAGAAACAAAAAAUCCAAAGAGGAAAUUCGUGAUGAGGAGGAGAACAUCAUAAAGAACAUUAUAAAAAGUAAAAUUGAUAUAAAAGGAGGCUAUCAGAAACCCCAAAUUCGUGAUCUUCUCCUUUUUCAAAUUAUUUUAGCUCCUUUUCAUCUGUGCUCAUAUAUAGUCUGGUAUUGCCGAUGGGUCUAUAAUUUUAAUAUCAAAGGCAAAGAAUAUGGGGAGGAAGAAAGACUGUAUAUCAUACGUAAAUCUAUGAAAAUGUCAAAGUCUCAGUUUGAUAGUCUAGAAGAUCAUCAGAAAGAAACAUUUCUUAAACGGGAGCUCUGGAUAAAGGAGAACUAUGAGGCCUACAAACAAGAGCAAGAGGAAGAACUAAAGAAAAAAUUGGCAAAUGACCCCAGAUGGAAAAGAUACAGGAGAUGGAUGAAGAAUGAAGGGCCUGGACGGUUAACAUUUGUGGAUGACUAAAGAUUGCUAGAAUGCUACCACGCCAAACCUUAAUUGUGACAUUAUUUUCAUAACUGAAUUGUCUUAGAAAUGUAUCAACUGCUCCUGAGCAGUAACUAAAAUUCCUGGAGUAUUUGAUUAGACAGAAUGAUAUUGAAGCUUUCCUUUAAAACUUUACACAAGACAUUUAUUGUUGUUUAAUUUUUAUAAUCUUUUUGUGGAUUUUGUUAAAAGAUUAGACAUGAUUUAUUAUUUGCCAUUUAAAAAUUUUAUAUGUUUAGUUAAAAGAGUUGACAUGAAAAAUUAUUAGAUACCAUUUAAAAUUAUGUGUUAAGUGUUUAUUCUUCAAGAGUGUUUCCUUGUACUUUGUUACAGUUCUACAUUUUUCUGCUCUCAUGGCCUCUUAUUUUCACAGAACAUAAAGUAUGACAUUUAGUUACGUUAAAUUAUGAGUGUCUUUAUAGACACAAACUUUUUCAGCAGAAUGAUUCAACUAUCAUGUCAUCUUCACUAUAGCCAUUAUAGGAUUGAAAUGUGUUUAAAAAUAGCUCCAUAAGAGAGUCUUCUGCUAGAAUUCUUUGUAAUAUUUCCCCCUCUCCCCAGUCAUUAUAAUAUUCUUAAUAAGAUCAGAAACUCUCCAGGAGAGUGAGUCUACCCUCAUGUCCUUGUAGGAUGUUCUUGAUUACAGUCAUUAUAGAACUAUAACUGUAUUCUCAAACAUUUCUCCAGAAAAGAUCUUGUAAAAAGGUCUUUUUGUACCACAGUAUUUUUUUCCAUUAAAAGAAAAAAAUGGUAGGGCAGAAAUAGUGUACUGAAAAGUUGUUCAUAUAUUAUGGAGUUCUUGGGUGGUAUGAAAAAUCCAGUGUAUGUGAGUGCAUUUACGUGCAUUUAAACCAUAAAGAAGAGGUGCAUAGUUGUGUGCUGUUCUAUCGAUCAGUGAAAUAGAAAUGUUUUUAUAUAUGUGGAAGUGAAAGCAAUCCACACAUAAUUUGAGUCAGGCAUGAUUUCCAUGAUAGUGAAACAAUAGUCCUGUUAAAGGAUUUAUUCCAUUGCUUUAUAGUAAUAAAAUGAUUUCAAUAUA